CGCUGCUAACCGCCAUCACCGCUGCGGGCUGCUCCCUCACCGCCCUCAUAGCGGCGUUUGUGGCGGCAGCAGCAGCAGGAGGGGCCGCAGCAGGAGCGGCGACGGCCUCAGGGGCACCCUCCGGACAGGAGCAGGGCCAGGGCCAGGAGCAGGUGGAGGGGCAGCAGGGGCAGGAGGUGACGAUGCUGGCGACGGCAGCAGCGCUGGCGAUAUUCGGCCUUGCCGCUGAGGAGGGCCUGCGCCUGUGCCCCCGCCCCGGCCCUGGUAGCCUGCGGGUGGCGUUGCUGGACCUGCUGCACCUGAUGGACGAGGAUACGGUGGUGGCCGGAGUGCGGUUGGAGAGGCUGUAGGCUGCAUGACUAUCGUCGUGGCGUGAAAGACGACUGUUGAUAGCUGAUGGUUGCAGAGGAAGGUGGUUGUUGCGUUGCAUGGAGGAGAGCGGGGAUUGGGG